AUGGAAAUGCUACUGUUUGGUGUCUGGGCCCUGCUGGCCCUGAUUCCUUGCCCAGGGGCUGCAGAAGACCUAUUUGGGGUUUCUGUUUGGCCACAUCAGGCCCUUGUAAAGUAUGGGCAGUCCCUAAUGGUCAACUGCAGCACCACCUGUCCAGACCUGGGACCCAGUGGAAUUGAGACUUUAUUAAAGAAAACCCAGGUGGGCAAAGGGCCUCAGUGGAAGGAGUUUCACCUGGAAGAUGUCACACAGAAUUCCAUCCUGCAGUGCUUCUUCUCUUGUGCAGGGAUCCAAAAGGACAUAAGCCUUGGCGUCACUGUGUACCAGCCACCAGCGCAAGUGAUCAUGGAGCUGCACCCUGAAUGGGUGGCUGUGGAUGAUGCCUUUACAGUGACAUGCCAUGUGCCCAGUGUCACAGCCCUGGAAAACCUCACCCUUACCCUUCUCCAGGAUAACCAAGAACUACAUAGAAAGAAUUUUAGGAGCUUGGCUGUGGCCUCCCAAAGAGCUGAGGUCACCAUCAGUGUCAAAGCCCAAAGGGAGGAUGACAGGUGCAAUUUCUCCUGCCAUGCAGAACUGGGCCUGAGUUCACAUGGUGGAGGGCUCUUUUGCAGCAGCUCAGCCCUCAAGGUGCUCCGAAUCUUUGAAUUCUCUCAGAGCCCCCAAAUCUGGGUCUCUUCACUUCUGGAAGCUGGGAUGGCAGAGACCACGAGCUGUGAGGUGGCUAGGGUGUUCCCAGCUGAAGAGGUAAUGAUCCGCAUGUUCCUGGGAGACCAGGAGCUUAGGCCCUUCCUCUCCUGGGAGGGAGACACAGUAUGGGCCAAUGCCAGUGUUCGGGCCAUGGAGACUGGUGAUCAGGAGCUGUCUUGCCUUGUAUCUCUGGGUCCAAUGGAACACAAAACAAGAGAGCCAGUGCAUGUCUAUAGCUUCCCUCCGCCAAUCCUGGAGAUAGAAGAAUUAUACCCAUUGGCAGCGACAGAAACUAACGUGACCUGCUCAGGGCAUGUAUUAACAUCACCCAGCCCUACUUGUCUGCUUCAGGGAGCCCCAGAUCUCCCUGCCCCUGGGGAGCCUGCCUGGCUUUUACUUACCGCCAGGGAGGAAGAUGAUGGCCAAAAUUUCUCCUGUGAGGCCUCUUUGGAGGUUCAGGGUCAGCGGUUGAGCAAAACCACUGUGAUCCAACUUCAUGUCUUAUACAAGCCACGAUUAGAGGAAUCUGGUUGCCCUGGCAAUCAGACCUGGUUGGAAGGGAUGGAGCAGAUGCUUGCCUGUGUCCCAAAGGGAAACCCGACACCAAUCUUGUCGUGUACCUGGAAUGGAACGAUCUUUGACCUUGAAGUGCCACAGAAGGCAACCCAGGGCCACUCUAGAACCUACUGCUGCACAGCCACUACGCUGGGCUCUGUCAGCAAAGACAUUGCUGUCAUUGUUCAAGGACUGGAUGAAGGAGUCAGUUCCACCAUCUUCGUCAUUAUUAUUGUCAUCCUUGGAGUGGGCGUAAUCAUCAUAGCACUGUGUUUGAACUAUCAGCCCUGCAAGAUAGAGAGGAGGAACUUGCCCUAUAGGCAGAAGGAGAAGAACAAAGAGGAGGAAAGCCAGUUUGCUGUUCAACAAGCAGAAAAGCACAUCGCACAGAACUGUUAG